GUCCAGCUGUCAUUCCUUUAUGUUUGACUAUAUCUCUGGUAGACGGUAGAGGGUCACAGUAUCGUGAAAGAAGGUUCAUCCCCUCUCUCCCUGCCUUCUCCCCGACCCAGUUCUGAACCUGGGGGCCUGUCUGCUUCCUUGUCUCCUAGUUCCUCAAUCCUGACCUCUCUCACCAUUGUUGUGCCAAUGCCCAAGAAGAUCAGGCGCUAAAGCUCUGUGUUCCCAUACGCCCUAUAUUGGAUCGCCAAGACAUAAAUUGGAACGAAGUAUCUUUGAGCAGACACCAACCAAACCUUGAAUUUGCCAUCACACUUGAAAUCGUAACAUCCCACGGGCUUCGUAUCAAAUCUCAGGUCUUCAGCAGUGCAAAAUCAUUUCUUCGUGUUUCUCUUGCCCCGGAUCUGCCCGUGGAGGUUCGCAACCGUCGUCGUCCUCCAGCAAAAGCAAAAACAAGAUGCCUGGUCGACGACGACGUGCGUCCCAUGCGGGAUCGUGGUACGUCAAUGAUCCCCGUCAAUUAGGAGCUGAACUAGAUCAAUGGCUCGAUGCCGUGGGCGAGCCUUCAUUAGCGGCUGCUCGUGCUAUAAUUGGGCCGCAUGCGGGCUACCGAUAUUGCGGGGCUUGUGCGGGUUACGCUUAUCGUCAAAUUGACCCACGGCGUGUGGAGCGGGUGUUUAUUUUGGGGCCAUCGCAUCACAUUCGCUUGGGAGGUUGUGCAGUUUCAGGGUGCCUCAAGUAUGAAACACCUUUCUACGACCUCGCCAUUGAUAGGGCCGUGAAUGAGGAGUUGAUGAAGACGGGAGAGUUUGAAGUCAUGACUUUAGAGACUGACGAGGAUGAGCAUUCCAUCGAGAUGCAUCUUCCAUAUGUGGCUCGAGUUAUGGAGGCUCGAGGUCGCGAAAAUUUCACUAUUGUGCCCAUUUUGGUGGGGUCGCUCAAUCCGGAGAAAGAGGCCAAAUAUGGGCGGAUUUUUGCUAAGUAUUUGGCAGAUCCGGCCAAUCUCUUCGUCAUAUCAUCGGACUUUUGCCACUGGGGCCAGCGAUUCCGGUACACGCACUAUGACGAGAAAUGCGGAGAAAUCCACGAAUCGAUCAAGGCACUCGAUUUCAUGGGUAUGAAUAUUAUCGAGACCUUGGACCACGAGGCAUUUUCGCAAUACCUACGCAAAUACGGGAACACGAUAUGUGGGCGUCACCCAAUCGGCGUCUUCUUGGGGGCAGUUACGGCCAUGCGGCAACACGGCAAUGGUUUCAAGAUGAAUCUCAAGUUUCUCAACUAUGACCAGUCAAAUCAAGUGAAACAGAUGAGGGAUUCUUCGGUCAGCUACGCUGCUGCCUCUUUCGUACUAGGCUGAUAGUGAAAUUUGAUUCCCUUUGGAGGGUUUUCAUGGGAAGCUGGUCAUGUACAAUUAAUAAUCAUUUGCCCGGAUGCGGGCUAAUUGCUCUUGAUUUACCUAAACAUGCAGAUUCAUGUAUCACUCUUACGAAUUUGAUGGCAAAAAAUCAUGAUACAUUGUUAACAACCAAA